AUGUCUGCUACGGCAGCGCAUAACGUCAGCAGUAGGCGGCCCGAUUCCCCGGCGGCUGCUUCCCCGCUGACAGCUUCCCCGCCAGCGGCUUCCCCCGGCGUGCAGUUUCCGCCGGCGGCGCAGCCGGAGGUGAUGCGCGCCGCGGAGAAGGACGAGCUGUACGCGGCGUCGCUGGGCGACAUGUGUCACGACGCCAUUGGCUCGCAGCUCGGCCACCGCGUCGCGGGCCAAUGGGGCGGCCCGAUCCGCGUGGCAGCGCGGUGUCUUUAUUACCUCGUGACCACCGGCGCCGGCAGCAGGACUCUAGGGGAAGAGUACUGCGACAUAGUGCAGGUGUCUGGCAGUUACAACCUCCCCCCCACGCCAGCACGUCGCCUCUCUCUCGUGCUGCUGCACUCGCUCCUCCCAGCUGUGGCGGCUCACAGAUUGAGGGAGAGAGUGAGGGAGAUGGGGAGGAGGGCGCUGGUGGUGUGGGCGGGGUUGGCAGCGCGAGGGGGGGAUGUGUUGAUGCUGCUGGGGAGGGCGCAUCUGCUGCUCUUCUACUGGCACGGGGCGUACCUGCAUGUGGCAAAGAGGGUUACAGGGGUGCGAUACAUCUACACAGCACAGCCUCCUGCCUACUCUCCCAGGUACCACAUGCUCGCAUUCUUCCUGUUCAUCCAGCUCGCAAUCCUCUCCUCUGAUUGGCUGCGCCGCUCCCUGCUGCAGCGCACACCCCUGGCUCACGCCGUACCACUGCCAACCACAGGUUCACAGGCAGCAGCCACUGCCCCACCUGAGUCCAGCAAGGGGUGGGGCGCGGAGGAGGAAGCAUCUCAAGAGCCUCAAGAGGGAGAAGCGGAGGGGGAGGCGGGGAGUGAGGCGAGUGGGCGGUGCUCCCUGUGCUUGGCUGCUCGCUCCCAUCCCACCUGCUGCCCCUGCGGUCACAUCUUCUGCUGGGGCUGCAUUGCGGAGUGGUGCAACGAGAAGCCCGAAUGCCCUCUCUGUCGCUCUCCAGCCCCCCACUCGUCCCUCCUUCCACUGCACCACGCUGCCUUCUAA